CUAACAGAGCACAAAAAGAAAGAAAGAGAAGCUGCAAAAAAUGGGCAAAAAGCUUUACUAUCUCAAACAAUGUAUGUUCUUAGUUUUCUACUCAAAAGUCCCUGUGUUUGCGUACUUUCAAGUUUUGUUUGCUGAGUUGUAUUCUUACAUCUUGUGCAGCUGAGAUCCGAAAGCAAGAACUCAACAAAGAGUACAACAGUCUCAAGGUAUGUAAAUCAGUUUUGACCCUAAAGUCUUAAAACUUUAUAAUCACUGAAUCACUUUAUGAUGUACAAUACAUGAAUCUGGGAAGCUUUCAUUGUUUCUUGACAAACGGAGGAAGAAGAAUGCUACGAAGGAUCAUAGGUACAUGCCCUAUCGUCGAGCCGAUACCUCAGAGCAAUAGAGAGAGAGAUACAAUAUUGCUUUUAGACUGAAUGUUUACGUUGGUUCAUUAAGGGGUUUGUGACACUCUUUGUGAUGAGAAUUGAAAUCCAAAUGUACUUGUUUUUUUGUUUGCUUAAUUGAAAGCCAUAUCAAGUACUGAUGUUACUUCGACUUUGUUGUGGUUCUCUCCAGACACACGAAAGAACCACAUAGUUAAGAGUAAUCAAUAUGUGGACCAAAAGUCUUACCAUGAUUUCAAUACAAUAAAAUUUGCAAACAUAUUUUAGAAAAAACGGAGUAUAAGUAUCAUCAUAGGUGAUAUUGUUAGUUUAAUUGCAGAGUUUGAGUUGAUCCGUUUCAGGUGGAUCCUCAGGGAAAAAACAAAGAUGCUGAUGCCUUGGCAAAGCAAGCUUUGUUACUUGAAACUAAAGUAAUGAACUCCAGCUUAGGGGUCUUUAAAGUUUGAAUGAAAGUUUGUGUUACAAAAAAAAGUAUCAUUUUAGGAUGAGCGUAUAUGUAUCUUAAAAUUUUAUACGUUUUCUCUUUAUCAUAACUUUCAACCACAAGCAUACUAAUAUUAGGAAUAUCUACAUUCUGGAUGUAAGAAGAAAAAAAUCCUUAUAGAUUCUAAAUGAAUGAAUGAAAUUAUAUUUAAUCAUUUACUAUCCCACAACAGCUAGCAAAAUCAAAACUGAUUUGUUACGGAAUCUGGAAAUGUUAAUUAUAACAUCCCUAUAUAAAGAAGACUUAGUAUGAGUUCAAAAAAAAAAAGAAGACCUAGUAACCUGGUUACACAAACCAACAUUCAUAAUUAAGAAACAAUUUCCAUCAGCUUUUAUAUCCUCAAGAAAACAUGGACAGCAAAAGAAUGGCUAUGUUGGUGGUGGUGAUGUUGGUGACGGGGAACAUUUUGUUUGAGGCUGAGGGUUUGGCUUUUCUAGAUUGUUAUAAAGGCUGUUUUGUGAUUUGUGCUGCAUCUUCCAACGGAUUCAAGAAACUGUUCUGUCCUUUCUCGUGUAUCAAGGACUGUAAACAGCCUACUACACCUUCUGAGGCAAAUCUAAAUGAAAUUGACCAGACUGAUUAUUUUUGUAAACUCGGAUGUGCCACUGAUCGUUGUGCUUCGUCAUCCUUGAUCCAUGAUAAGGAUCACGCAGAGAAAGUUUCAGUAUGUGUGGAUUCAUGCUCAGAUAUAUGCUCCCGCAAGAACUAAACACACAAAUUAGUUUGUUAUUGUAUACUUCCAUGAAAAAUCAAUGUCUAAAUAAAAAGAUUCGAGCAUGUUGUAUCGAUUAAAUUCUUAAAUUCAAAUGAUAACUGAUUUCUUGAUUUGAUAUAUCUUGUUUUACAAGCAAGUAAAUUGACAAAAAACUAUUGAUCUGAAACAGAGAGUCUAAAAUACUACCGAAAAGGAAGUUUAAUAUAUAAUAGUUUUAUUUUUGGUCAAAAAAAUGUUUUGUAGAUUAUCCAAUGUGUAUCGUGCCCAUCUAAUUAAUGUGUUGCAAUAUAUAUUUGAUCGCCCAUUUUAAUAUAUAUGAAUCAUAACGAAUUACUAUAUAGCCCGACCGGGAAUAAUUAUUAUCGUUAACUAUUUGCAUUUUCGUUAUAGAAAAGAAUCUUAUGAUUACCUGUGUCACUAAUUGACAAAAUGUAACCCAUGUAUCUCCUAAGAGACUACACAUUUCGUAAGACUAAAUACGAGACCUGCUCACCUCAAAUUAGUCGUGUUUUGGUUAGGCCUAUUCAUGUCACGAACCACUGAACACAAAAUUGAAUCUUUUAUAAUAAAAAAAUAUACACAUAAAAUAUAUCUAAACUUUUUACUAUUUUUAACUUUAAUGUAAAAUAUAUAAAAUUCGAUGUUUCUAAUUAUCAAGAUACGGUAAACAAAAGUUACAAAAAGAAAAAAAGAUACGGUAAAACAAGAAGUUGAAUCCGGACGAUCACACUUCUUGUCUUUUGUUAACCGGCACUACCGUUGGCCCUACGCACUUGGAUUUUAAAAAGCGUAUAAUAUCUGAAUGCAAAAUACACUGAAAACAUAAUUAUCCAUUUUUAUACACUCAGAUUAACAAAAAAAAAGGAAGUAUAACCUCCGAAUCAGAAAUACAUAGAAGAAAAUAAUUAUCCAUUAAGUAUCGUAUUACCAAACGAUAGUAUACCAUGAUUUGUCGUUCACUAUGACAACUAAUACAGAAAAAGAUUCCGCAAUUUAUUUAUAAAUAAACAACACUACCACAAACAAUUUUCACAAUAAAAAUAACUUGAUCAACUUUACAAUAAAAACAAAUGGAAAGCAAAAAGAUGGCAAUGUUGAUGGUAAUAGUGACGCUAGUGGGAAGCCUUCUGGACAAGACAAAUGCUCAAUCUAGUCAUUUUAGUGUUUGUUACUCAGAUUGUCUUGUGGUGUGUAAAUCUCAUACUACAUUUCCAAAAUCUGUUUUGUGUCCAUUCACGUGUCUCAUGACAUGUCUUGUUCCUACUUUACCAUCUCCUUCUCCUUCUCCUUCUCCUUCUCCUUCAUCUGAUACUGUUCCAACAAACAAAAUCGAUAAUACGGAAUACUUCUGCAAACUCGGUUGUGCCACUCAUCAUUGUGUGUCUCUUUCUUUCUUCCAAAAUCCGAAUGCGGAGAACGUUGCAAACUGUGUGGAUUCAUGCUCAUACAAGUGCUCUUAGGAGAAAAGAAGAAAUCUAUUAUUAUCAUUGUUGUUUAACGAAACGAGUUAUGUAUUUAUAUUGAUGCUAUAUAAAAAUCAAACAACUUUUCCUUUUAACAAAUCAACUGAAUAAUUAUUUCUUGGUUUGAUGUUUUUUCUUCAGUUACGAACAAAUAAGUGAAUAAAAAUUGUGAACACAAAAUUAUAUUUAGUUGCAAAAUUAUCUUUGUUAUCUAUUAAGAGUGAUCUCAUAGAGGCCUCGCGUUCGGAUAUCCGUUCAGAUUUGAAUAGGAUAUUUUAGAUUUUCGGGUACUUCGGUAUAGGGGUCCAGAACCCGUUUCGAUAAAUUUACAUAUCGGGUCGGGUUGGGAUAUUUUUUGUUCGGUUUGGAUAUUUUGGAUCAGGUUCGCAUAUUUUAAUUUAAAAAAAAAUCAAAUUCCUCAUUACUCAAGUUUUUUCUACUUAAAAUUUUACAAUUAACUCAACUGAUUU